CUCAUGUUGACGCCAGCAGCCCCAGUUGCUCUGGCCUCUUUCGUUGCUUCGUGUGUGUGUCGGUUGGCAAGAGCAAACAGGAGGCUGUCUUACCUGGCUGAAGCGCAGACGUGUCGUGCCCUCAUCUCAUCAUUGUCCGAUCGUGUCAGAGGUCGCGUCGUGUCAACAUCUCAUCUUCACCGACUCCAGCAGAAAGAUGGAAGUGGGGCGAUGAUGGACGGCACACAGGAGAUUGAGAGAGAGAGCUUGGCAGCGUCGAGCUAUAAGACGCACGAAGUGAUCCCUCUCCCUCAUCAAGUACUCCACCCUCGUAACACCUGCAUCCUCGUGGGCCAUGAACGCUGCCACUCCCACCCGCCUUAGCUUUGCGAGCCUCUCUUCAUCGACCGUCUUUGGUCCUGCGACCGUUUUCCUCGCCCCGCCUCCCACUCGUGGUGAGGGAUCUCCCUGCCGCACCCCUGCUCAUCACCGCCGCUGCCUCCGAGUCUUUACUCGUCAGCACGCUGAGCGUGAGCAGGUCACCGCCGACGAUGCUUCGGACGCCGGAUCCAAUGCAACCCUUAUAGGAGAUGCUGAGCCCAAGGUCAAGGCAGGAGAGUCGCCUACUGCAGCCCACUCCAUGAACAACAUUGAGUCCCACCUCCCGCACCUCAAUUUCGCACACAUCCGCCAGCUCGAAGCCCGUCGUCGCCAGAAGGACAUUCACGCCUCGUGGCUCCAUCACGCCGGCCUGGAUGUCGACGAUGAAAGCAAGAGUGGGCUGCGACCUCACUGCACCGUCGAGGAGCUAAGAGCCGGCCUGGACGACUUCUUUGGCAGACCAGCGGCGCCUCGCUCACGAGUCGAGAAGGCGAAGCAGCCUCGGGAUGAUGACAAAGUCAAGGGCGACAAGCGUAAGCUGAAGCUCAUUCGCAAGGUCAAGAGCCUGCACUGGAUGGUCUGAUGCCGCAGAUCCGUCCAGACCGAACUUUUACGAUCGUAACGUCAUCAUCAUCGAGCAACAGCUGACCGCAAGCCGGCGUCCGACCCGACUCUGUCACCCAGAAGUCGUCGUCGUCGUCUCGUCAUGACUUGCUCCCCUUCACUACCUUGCUGUCCCCGUCUUUGUCAUCUCUCAAACUGUAAAUUCAUGAACAUCCCCCUCCUUUCUCGUGAUAAUCGACGAAUCAU